GCCGGAACAUGCGCCGGGAGCUGCAGUUUGUUUGACCGUUUCCGGACUAUGUUUACACUUCUGGCCAUCUUCAGCCAACUGCUCACAGCUACCUUCGCCUUUCCUCACUGCACGAGAAGUCCCGAGGAGUCCAGGCAUGCGGGGGAAGAAGUCUUUACAUCAAAAGAAGAAGCAAACUCUGUCAUACAUAGACACCUCCUAUAUAAUAGAUUCGAUUUGGAGCUCUUCACUCCCAAUGACCUAGAAAGAGAGUGCAAUGAAGAAUUUUGUAAUUAUGAGGAAGCCAGAGAGAUUCUUGUGGAUGAAGAUAAAACGGUGGCAUUUUGGCAGGAAUACUCGGUUAGAGGACCAGCAACAAAAUCAGGUGGUAACGGAGAGACAAUCGAUGUUAUGGGCCUUCUGACUGGACUAAUUGCUGCUGGAGUAUUUUUGGUUUUUUUUGGAUUACUUGGUUACUAUCUUUGUAUCACUAAGUGUAAGAGGCAACAGCAUCCAGGUUCCUCAGCCACCUACGGAAGAAGAGGCAGGCACACUCCCUCCAUCAUUUUCAGAAGACCUGAGGAAGCCGUCUUGUCUCCAUUGCCACCUUCAGUGGAGGACACAGGAUUACCUUCUUAUGAACAGGCAAUGGCACUGACCAGAAAACACAGUAUUUCACCACCACCGUCAUAUUCUGGGCCAGCAAAAGGGUUUAGGGUAUUUAAAAAGUCUAUGUCACUCCCACCUCACUAAGACCAUCUUGCCAUCUUGAUGGUACAAGAGAUUCAUGUUAUUUGAAUGGUUCGUUUUCCCUGAACCAAAAAGACAUGUCAAUGCAGCCCUUUAUGACAAACGGCAAGAAGUAAAGAAAGAAUAAGCACAAGUACUAUACCACAGUUCUGUCGGCGUCUUGGACUUGAAUUUCAUCGUUAUCAGCUUGAUAAGAAACUUUGAUUCCAUCUCCUUGCA